AUGUCUGCUACUCUUUUCACUUUGCGUAUUUGGCUCCUACGAAAGUUUUCAUCAGCUCAGGCCCUUGGGCGUAGCCUCAACGUAAGCGGCAUCGAAAAUGAUAUUCGAGCAUCAGUCGUCAUUGAAUGCAAUUGGUCGUUGAACACAUUACGGGAUAUGGUUCUUGUUGAUCUCGCUGUAACCCCUUCGGGCUUCGGAGAAGUGAUCAAACUCUACCCGAUGAUGCUUUCAUUGUUCCGGUGCGAUGCAGAAGGAGAGCCUAUUGUGAGCAGUUUGCUAGAGAUUGGUGAUCAUCCAGAACCAUCAAAGUAUGAACUGUCACUGAAGCCUUACAAUAACUAUGAAAUGCCACACAACAACUACAUGCUCGGGUGCCCCACCCUAGAUCGCCUAGUUAUUCGCUAG